CUAAUGGAAUUCGAUCCGGAAACUAAAAGGACGGGUCCAGUUACGACCAAAAUCAUAGCUGCCUUUUUAAUUAUGUUUGAGCGAAGAAAUUUAUUUCCAAAAGCAAUUGACGAUUCGAUAAGUUUAUUUGAAAACCUAAAGACGUAUCUGAGGGAAAUCUUGAGUGUAGAUUCUGAAGAAUAUGAUGAGAUGAUGAAAACCAUGGUUGAAGAAAUGAAGGAAUACAAUAGCUAUGCCC